ACAAUUCAUUAACAGUUCUCGAGCAGAAGUUAAAGUAAAAUGUUUUCCAAACUGUAUAUAUUUAAUUUCUAUGCAAUAUCUGCAAUAUUACUUUGUGCAGUUGCACAACCUCAAAUCGAAAAUAAUAUUUUAAAAUUGAUUGCACGAUCUGCUGAUUUUAUAGCUUUAAAUCCUAAAGGAUAUAAAGAUUGUUUUAAUUUCCUUGUUUGGGAAAUGGGAGAAAUAACAACGAAAUAUGAAACUAAUUAUCAGACAUGCAAUAAAGCUUCCAGAGAUAAACGUAAUGAAGUUGAUUUGGAAACUUUAGAAUCUCGAGAAAGUUUAAGAAAUCGCACAGAAGAUUCUUGUGCCGCCUUGGCUUUGUGUAAGGAAGAAUUAAAGAUUGAUGAUGAAUAUCAGUGUUUUAUCGAAGAGGGUAAUGAUAGUAUCAAAGUUUUGCGUAGCAUCUCCAAUGAUGCCUCAUCCGAAAGGAGUAGUUAUGUGGAACGCAUACGUGUAAUUGAAUACAAUGAACAACAGUGUACCAAUAAAACAAAAAUUAUCUAUGAAAAGGAACGCGAUGAUUGUUAUAAUCAUUUUAACGAUUGUCUAUUGGGAAGGGAACAACCGCCUACACCUAAGCCAACCACUACAAAACCCCUACCAACACCAAAUAUAGAAACUACCACAGAAUCUAUAACAACGAAAAAGUAGAAUUAUCAACUUAUCUACCUCUGAACAUGAUGACAAUCUAACCUCCUGUACAGGAAUAUUUCUAUAAGUUUUUAAAAUAUACUAAAACAUAAUUGUCCAAUUCACGGUCAGUGUUGUACGGUUGUAUCGUAGUAUGUCGUACAUUUUUAUAAUUGAUUUGUUUUUGUUUAAAAAAUUUUUAUUUAAAAAGUUUUUAUGACAUACAAUGCUACAAAGAUACCAUAUGGAUUGUGAAUUGGACAAAUACUUUUUUAAAAUUAUGCUAUGAAUUCGAAUUUUGUGUUUUCUAUUUUUAUUAAAAAAUUGAUUGUCAUUGGUUGAUAGGAAAUUUGGCUAAAACGUAAAAUGUAAUUAAAGUUUAUUAAUAUUAUUUACAGAACACGGGAAAGUGGUAAAAUGACAAAAACAAUUUCAUCAAUAGUUAAUCUUCUAAAAAAACUUUAUUGAUAACUCAUGUUAUUUACUACAAUUAGCACACUUUUUGAAAAUAAAUUGUUUGGCAUAA